AUGAAAUUCCACCAUCCCUGCUCCCCCCCCGCCCCCCAAUACAAGGCUAAGCCUGAUGAGUCCAAAGCUUUUGCUGUUAUUGAGAAUCCUUCUAGACCUCACUUGUGCAGACAGCGGCAGACUUUGGGAUUGAGAUGGUGCCCUGUGCUGUGGCCUUGUGUUUAUUUCCAAAGUUGGAAAUUUCAUCUUUGCUUGCACCUUGCACCAAGAGGUUGCUCAAGUGCUUCUCACACUGCCAUGCAUAUUCAUUUUCCCAACUGGAUUUGCUAUAUGGGAUUCUAUUUCAGCUUUUUUAUGGGUUGGUGGGAAGCUGGACUGCUUAUCUCAUUAGUCAACUAUAUGUUGAGUACAGAACUACAAGGGAAAGAGCAAAGGUUGAUUUUAGGAAUCAUGUAA